AGUACAUUGACGUUUGAUCAAUACCUCUAUCGUUGCAGAUUCUGUAUACCUAUCACUAUACGGCAUAUUGACCUCGAGAUCUGAACACUGGUUGACUGCUCGUGGCGAUGGAGCACGAUUUGGACUGUCUCACGAUAGCCGAGCUCGAAAAACUGGCUACGCAGCGUAUGGACAGGCAGACCAGGGACUAUUAUAAUGAAGGUGCUGACAGCGGAACCACUGUGCGGGAAAAUGAGUCUGCUUAUCAAAAAUAUCGCCUCAGACCAAGAGUUUUGAGGAACGUGUCCAAGGUGGACAGCUCCGUCAAUGUAUUCGGUACGCGAUGCAGCGUGCCCUUUGGAGUAGCACCUGCCGCUAUGCAAAAACUUGCACAUGAGGAGGGAGAACUGGCGACAGCACAUGCUUGCCAGGAAAAAGGAGUGGUCAUGGGCUUGAGUUCCUUUUCGACAACUGCGCUGGAAGAUGUGCGUGCAGCGAGUGGAAACACACCCAACGUCUUACAACUGUAUCUCUUCGAAGAUAGGGAACAAAGUAGGAAGCUGAUUGAGCGCGCAAAGAAAGUUGGUUACAGCGCUGUUGUGUUGACUGUCGAUACUCCUUUGCUGGGCAGAAGAAAUUUGGAAAUUCGUAACCAAUUUCGACUACCAGGGCACCUCAGAGCCGCCAACUUCGACUUGGACAACGAAGGGAGGGGCUCUCGUUCCAGCAGGUCGGAGUGUUCAGAUACUGCGUUCUCGAAAGACCAUUCAGCGGCGGCUAAGAGCACGGCUGCCAACUAUAGAGAGGGUCGUCGAGUCCUCCCAACCGGCCCCGUCACCUUCCACACUCAUGGACCAAAUCCAACUCUGGAGUGGGAUGAGUGCAUUCCAUGGCUCAAGGCGCAAGCAUCGCCAAUGCAAGUCUGGGUGAAAGGUAUUAUGACCGCUGAGGAUGCCGCGUUAGCGGUUGGCCACCAUGUCGACGGUAUCAUCGUCUCGAACCAUGGUGGACGCCAGCUUGACGGUACGCUCGCUACAUUGGAUGCCCUUCCAGAGAUUGUCGCCGCCGUGAAUCACCGCAUACCCGUCCACAUAGACGGUGGCAUCCGCCACGGUACCGAUAUCUUCAAGGCACUCGCUCUUGGUGCUGAUUUCUGUUGGAUUGGUCGGCCAAUGUUGUGGGGUCUGGCAUACAAGGGACAAGCUGGCGUCGAGCUCUGUCUUCGGUUGUUGACCGAUGAGUUCCAGUUAUGUAUGGGGCUUGCCGGCGUGGCCAGAGUUGCCGAUAUUGGCCCGCAAUUUUUGUACAGGGUCAAAGCGAGUGAGUUCUUGAGUCGGCUUUGAUGGAGACAUAGUCCAGGGCGACAGAACUGUUCUGUAGACUCAGAUGAAAUUAACUUCACCGGAUGCAACCAAGUAGCACCUGUAUUCG